AUUCAAUAUUACACGUUUUACAAAAAGCGUUAUUUAGCACAAAAUAUCAUAUAGCUUUGUUAGUGGCCACGGCUUUUACUUUGAAGUAUGACGUGAUACGGAAAUAUCUGCGCAACAAAUUUAAUGAGCAGCGAAGGGAAGUUGAGCUGGUCCUGAGAUGUCAUGGGUGUGCAGGGUCUAACCACCUAUGUGGAGGGGAACCGAAACUUCCUCCAGCACGUGAGGUUCAGGGACAGCCGUCUUGUGAUCGAUGGCUGCAGCCUGUAUUUCCGCCUGUACUUUACUUAUGGUUUGGACCAGCCGCACGGAGGCGAUUAUGAUGCUUUUGCAUUGCUACUUAGCCAGUUCCUCUCUGCACUAGAAGCCUGUAACAUCCAGCCGUACGUGGUUCUGGAUGGAGGGUUGGACCCCAGUGACAAGAAGUUUCCAACAGUGCGGGAGCGUCUGCUGUCCAACAUAAAGAAGGCAGACAGUAUCUCUCAUGGACGCAAUGGCUCUGUUCUCCCCAUCCUCACAAGAGAUGUGUUCAUUCAGGUCCUUUUGCAGAGAGGAGUCCCAUUGUUUCAGUGCCCGGCUGAGGCUGACUGGGAGAUUGCAUGUUUGGCUCGCCAGUGGAAGUGCCCAGUUCUGACUAGUGACAGCGACUUUUACAUCUUUGACCUGCCAGGUGGUUACCUGCCCUUUCAAUUUUUUCAGUGGACUAACCUUAAUGGUAAAGCUUCUCACCAGUACAUCCCAGCUCAGUGCUACACCACUAACAGGUUUUGUCACUGGUUUGGGGGCAUGAACCAGGAGUUGCUACCUUUAUGUGCUGUCCUGGCUGGUAACGACUAUGGCGCUCCAAAAGAAGCUGAAAGGCUCCUCUCUAUCUUAGAUCUGAGUGAGUCAGCAAGAGGUGGCAGAGGUAGUGCUGCCACCUUUCGUAUUGAAGGCAUCCUCCUCUGGCUGUCUGCUUUUUCAAGUCCAGCAGAGGCCCUGGAAAAAGUAAGCAGACUAAUGGGGGAGGACGGCAGAAGGAGCAGGCAAGGACAGGAUGGGCUCAGCUCACAACUUUGGGCAGCCAUGCAGGAGUACAACAUCGCUUCUCGAAGCUCGUUGGCUCGCUGGUUCUCUGGAAGCAAGGCAGCUCCAGGGGGGCCAAACUCUGGGUUUGCAAAGCUACCGGAGUCCCUUUCACAAGUUGCAGCGCAGGGGCUUUUGGCCCCCUUCAUCAUAGAUGCACUAGGGAUGCGCAGGGUUCUGCUCAUGCCUCAGGUGGAGAACAGCAAGCUAGCCAGCAGCCACUGUAGUGCCAGAGCUAUACGCCAGGCUAUAUAUGGGAUCUUACUGCAGAGGGGUCCAGAUAAUAUGGCUCUGGCCGUGGGAGAUGCCAUGCAAGUUCACGGCACCAGGGUACAAGAAAACAUCAGCCAGGAUAUGAGAGGUGGGAGAGGGCGAGAGGCACGGGGACGUGGAAAGGGCUGGGCAGGUAGGGACCAGGGCAACAGUUUACCCACACAGCAUGGUGUAAAUAUAGGGUUCAGCCAUGAACAAACGUCUGGGGCGUCAGUCCAGGCUCAGGGCUCCACCGCCUCAGUUUGUGUGCAAGAGUACGACCGUCUGGACCUGAACUUGAAGAAAACCCAAGUAGAGGCAAAUCCCCUGAGAACCCCUAUAAACCUGGAAACACUUGGCCAGGCUCCUGUGGCAGUUCGUCUGGCUGCCUUGUUAGAAGCCUUAGGGGUGAACAGCGCAGCUCUGUCUUCUGUUCCUCUGCACCUGAAGUUGGCUGUGGCAGUGACAGGCUUCUGGCUGCGACAGGCCGUCCCUAAACCAUCACAGCCCCAGCUUCAGGCUCUGCUGCUGGGCAUGGUCUAUGGAGAGCUGUCCUCGAACAGCCAGCCUGGAGCUACCCACUACCCACAUGGGGGCCCAAAGGUAAAUUGGGCUGCAGAGCGUAAUGUGUGGACCGCACUGGAUCGGCGACGUGUGAGAUCAGGUGAGAGACGGGGCAUAGAUUUGGCAGUGGCUCACAGUCUGAGCCAGUGGCAGGCCUGCCUCUGGAGCGGUAUGUGUCUCAACCAGCUGUUACUUCAACCGCUGCCUGAUCCCCACCUGUCAUGGUUAUAUAGCGGUACCUUGGUCCAUGGCGUCAUCAGGUAUCUAAAAGGGGGAGGGUCUGCUGAGUCCCUCCUAGCCGGGGGUUCCUCGUCUGGACAACUCUACUCCUCCCUUCUGGAUGCUGCCAUCAAGUGCAGCUUUAAAGCCAAUCCCUCCUCUUACGUAACAGGGAGCAGGAAAAGGGGCGGUGGCCGGGGAAGGAGAGGAAGAAGGGGAGGUGGGAGAGGAGCAAGGGGAGAGGGACAAGGGGCUACUGCAGACUUAAACAAUAAGUUUGCCCUGCUGAUGAGUGAGGAGGAUUUUGAUAGUGAUUAGCGAGGAUGCAAAGGACAAUAUAUUUAUUCAACAAUAGCGAAGGACCAAAUGAGGUUGAAUAUUCCAGUGAUUGUUAGGAGCUGCUAUGAAUUUUUAAAUGAAAAACAAGUGUAAAUAUUUACUACAGAACGUCUGUACCUGUAAUUUUAUUGCACUAUUUUAAUCUCCAUUUGUAAAGCUGCCUGCUUUUUAUGUACAGAUUUCUUUUGUCAUUUUGUCCAAAGCCCAUUCUUGUCAUAUUUUAGCUUUCUAACAUUUUUUAAUAUCAGUAUUCAAAAGAAUGAAAGUCUAAAUAAUUAAAAUAUUUUUAACAGAAA